AUAGAGAUCCCAAGAUCUCCAACGAUUCCGGCACCCAAGAAGUGAUCGACACAUUGCGCCCACUGAUUGACUUUGGGCUCUCUACUCAAGAUUUAGUCGCUAUCGGCUAUGACAAGAACUCUACUCAGAUAGAGUUUGGAAAUCACGUUUUUACAAAAUGGAUUGACGACCACCACGCCCGCUGGUCUCAAGCCCUUUCCAGGUUCGAUAGCCCUUUCCAGGACUUCUAUGCUAAGUUCUCGGUCGAAGUCCGGGUUAAUAUGCUCUUCGAUGAAUACGAUAACGACUGGCAACGCGUCCUGGCCUUUUUGAUUUCGAUUUUUGAGGAUGACGACAAGAACACGGAAUAUAUCUGGGGAGUGAGAGCGAUUGCUCUACAGGUCGCCCAACAAAUUCCUUUCUCCUUUUUCGAUAUUUGUCUUUUGGGUGAUUCGACAAUUCAACAUGAUGACUUGUACUUCUGUCAUGACGAUUCUAAUCCUUGCUUACGACAAAAGACUCCUUUGGUACAAUUUUGGUUGAUCUGUGCUACCAUGUUCGAUCAUCCUUGGACUAUGAUGUUUGACAAAUUUCUAGAGGUGACUCCUGUAAGAUGCAUACAGGAAAUGAAGACUAAAGUCAUCGCGGGUUUUCCGAACGACGCGGUUGACAAAGUUGAAAUCCACAAGGGUGUCAGAAAGAUUUUCGAUCCGGAGUAUGAAGAUUCCGAGGAAGAAGACGACCCAAUCGGUGACAAAGAUAAUGGCUUGGUUAACAGGUACGCCCAACCUGACGGGUGGGACUCAGAUGCGACCGAUGACGACAGCGAAUUUGACAAUAAGACUGUUGAUGAUGCUGACGAUGAUGACAAUGCAUCUGGGGAAUCCGUCAUUAUUGUUGAAAGCACUCGGCCGACCGACAAUGAAUUUGGUGGUAGUCGAUCCGGCAGAGGUCGCCACGCUGAGACUCGCACCAUCACUGAUGAAACAGUCUCCGAAUUGACAGGAAACACAGGUGAUGAAUCUGAACCGGAAUUAGCGUCUCCGCCACGAAAGAAAGGACGCUCUCAACGGGUGUCAAUUGAUGAACAAUCUACCGCAAUGGACGUGGAUGGAACGGACCCGAGCGUUGGUUCCCAACCCAGUGGAAAGCGGCUGCACCCGGCGCCAAGGUCUACUAAGCCUGCUACACAGGAGCCGGCAAAAUCGAGGCCUACAACGAACGUUCCCGGGGCCAAACGGAAAUCUCAACGAACUCUGACGCUGGAAGAGCGCCUGGAUGAUUUGUGCAAUGUCGACCUGGAUGGAAUGGAAGGCAGGGCUAUGUUGGUCGAGUUGGGCAUGGUCUACAAUUACCCAGGUCAGCAGGAGGGCAACCAAUCACAUGCGUCCAUUAUCCUGAACCAUAUUUUGGACACCUUGUCCGACAUGCUCAGGAACACAGAAAAGACUCUACGUAUACUACCACUUUCCGAUAGGACGUAUAAGAACACGCAGAUGUGGAUUCGCAAUGAAGCCGACCUUCGGCGGCUGAUUCCUGAUUACCGCGGGUUGUCACGAUACCUCAAUAUGUCUUUUGGCAACAUGUCGUAUGCGUCUAAUUCAAACAAGCCGGGAGAAAAGAAGCUGCGCACACGGCUGAGAGUAGGUUUCGAGGCUGACGUGUCGUCGGAGAUGAUCCAGCAAUAUCUGCAUGGUGAAUUGCAACAUCAGGGACGUGGCGCCGGAUGCUACUCAUCCGUUCUCCAGUUUGGUGACAUUGAAAAGAUUGGAGCCUUAUGUUUUUACCCUCAGGAGAUUAACAUUAUGGCCAUCAAGAAAGAACUGAUGCGUCAUUUUGGUUGGGAUAUUGUUAUUGGACUACGGUCAAGUACUGUGAAGCG